AAGGGAAAGUGGAAAAAUAAUGAUUUCUUUCUAUUUUUUAUCUUUUAUUAUCUGCUCUUAGAUGACUGCUAUCUGACAUUUUAUAGUCCUUUUCUUAAAAAUGCAGUGUGCUUUAGAAUUAACAAAAUUACUAAAUUCAGUGUAUAAAGUGAUAGAGAGUUGACUGCUAUUAAGCUUUUCCAUUGUUUUAACAUUAAAGUUUAUAUUCACAAUGCACACAAAAAUGGUGAUACAUGUAAGCAAAGAGUGAGUUAUGUAGGCCUGUUCUAGUCCUUGAAAACUGUCAGAAGUCUAAUAAACAAGUCUGUGAGUGACUAGGAAUCUAUUUCUGUGUAAUUCUUUGAGAGCUCAUCAUUCUGCAUUAAUUAGAAAUAUUUUUUUUAAAAGCUUAUUUUUGUUUAAACUACAGCUAUGGGUCUUUUAAACUACAAGGUCAAGAAAGAAUUUAAUGCAGAGACUUUAUAAAUUUAUAUAUAAAUUCUGCCUUGAAUCAUGGCAUGUGACAAGUAUAACUAAUAGUUGCUGUUUUCUUAAAUGCCCAAGAUACACCCUGCAAAAUAGAAGAGAAAGUUUUAAAACAUGUGAUCCAUAUAGACAAAUUACUCUGUUUUGUGUCUCGUUUUUUCCUUUGCUACAAAACAAUUAUAGACUAAUUUUAUUUUUAAACUUUCACAUGCAAUAUAUUAUAAUUCACUUUAUUUACAUUUGCCUCUCUUGGUUUAUCAGUUUGCCACUCAAAGCAAAACCACCAAACAAAACAAACAAAACCCCUGUUGUUAGCCAAAGCACAGGUAGAGCACUAUUUAAGAUACAUUCUACAGAAAUUAAAAUUGAGAAUAUUUUAAAUCUAAUGUGAUUAACCAUAGUAAAAUUUGUGAUUGUUUUAUUUACUGAGUGCUCUAAUAAUGCCAUAAAUAUUUACAUCAAUGGAACACUAUUUACCAUGUACUUACUAUGUAAACUAUCUUAUUGCCAGAAUCUCUGAUCUCAUAUUUUAUACUACACCACUAUUGGAAUGGAUUUUCUCCGUGUCUUUUUUUUUUUUAACCCCCAGUUAUUGGAAAGUGCAAUUUUUCCAGCACUUUACCUGAAGUUAAAUGUUCACAUUUCAUGAAACAGUUUAAAAUUUUUCAGCUCCAUGUUGCUAUCUUAUGGCCAAACAUCUUUAUUUUGCAGAAUUUGAAGAUGAAAUGCCAAAUGAAGACUAGGGUUAUAGAUUCAAAACAGACUUAUUACAAUGUCUCAUUGAUUAACUAUACAAAUUACUCAACAAUAGUUCCAUCUUAACUGCUGCAGGUUUAUUUUAUAACCAGACUGCGUAUUUGUAGCAACCUCUUCAGAAGGAUCUACUUGUAGUAUUACAGUAUACAGCCAGUUGUGUGUAUGCAUAUAUGUUUUUUAUCAGGUUUUAUGGUUUUAUAACUGAAACAGUUUCAUCUCUUUACCACCAAAAUGAAUUUAAAGUGUAAGUAAGUAAUAUCAAAUGGUGCUGUUUUAUGUAGAGUAUUGACUUACCACUAAUUCCUGUACACCCACAAAUCCUCCCUUCCUUUGUGCCAUUAGUCCCACUGUCCCUGUCAUUUAAUCACCUCACCAUACACUGCUUUUACUCUUGCUAUAUAGAACCACAGUCACAGUCUUUUAAUACGUAUAUUUUUCUCUUUUUCCUUACCCUGUUUGUCUUCCACGGAGAAAUUCACUAUAUUAAUUGGUGUGUCCUAUCUUACCUUUAAAUACAUUGGUGGUACAAACUAUAGGAUGGUAAUAGGUAAAAUUGCCUAGACUAUGACUUUUUUAUGGGCAUGUGGAGGUUAACAAGUGUGGAUUCAUUGUUAACAGGAAUGAGUUCUAAGAUGGAAAAUUGGAGAGCUUCUGCCUGAUUGAAAGGAAUUCAGAGAAGGUUACAGAAUCCAUCCUGUUCCAGGGAAAUUUUGACUAGAGUCAAACUAGAGUAUAUAAGGCUUGUUAUAUGCUAAUAAGUCUAACAUAUGAUCCAUAAAACAGAGUAAUUUGUUUCUAUAUGAUCGUAUUUCAAACAGAUACCUGGAUUAACAUUUGUUUCAGCUCUUUAGUCCCUUACGUAGAAAAACAUUUUUUUGUAGUACUCCUAGUUAGGAACAUCUGAAUUGUUCUGGAGAUCAGUCUUGAAAUCUGGCUUGAAGUGACCAAUGUGAAAAUCCGAAGGCUCGCUGAUAAACAUCUGUGUGUAUUUUACACCUAUUUUCUGUUUAGAAAGGCAUGGUGUAACCCUUGUAACUUUUGAAUCAGGCCUCAGUUUUAAUCCCAGAUUUGUCAUUAAUUAGGAUAUAUGGCUGUUCAUAAAUUUUAUAAUUGCUUUGGCUUUAGUUUUCCUUAUUUAAAAAUAGGAUUGAUAAUUCCUGAUUUUAUGUAUGUUUGUAUAUACAUAUAUAUUCCUUGCCAUUAGAAAUCCUCCAUGAAUACUAGCUUUAAUUCUUUGAAUUGAAUUCUUUGCUUUCUCUUUUAGAAUUAUCCAAAAGGCACAGAUUUGAGAUUUGUUAAUUAUGUAAUUAAUUAGUUGAUUUUUAUAAAAGAUUGAAGAUGUCAGCCAUUUGGUGGUGGUAAAACACAUGAGCCUUAUUUUCGAUCAAACUCCAAAACUGCUCUACUGUUUAUUACUUUUGACUGGUUACUUAACCCUUCUAAGCCUUGGUUUUCCCAGCUGUAAAAUGGAGUCACAAUACUGAUAUCAUUGGAUUAUUGUAUUGAUUUUUAAAAAGGAACAAUAGUAAAUAUUGAUUGAGCGCUUUUUAUAUAUUAUUUCACUUAAUCCUCAUAAGGACCUUGUGAGGUAAUGUAUCAUUAUUGCUUUUUUAUAGAUGGGAAAGCUAAGACUUAAAGAAGGCCCAGUGUCCUGUUGUCCUCAUACUAGCAAAUAGUACGGCCAGGAUUCCAGUCGAAGUCUCUUAGGCUUCAGUGCCCAAAAGCACUUCUCCACUGUGCUAUUUAAAUUUUCAGUGUUUAAGCACAGAGCAAGUAGAUAGCAAAUUGUAGUUGGUAAUUGCUUUGAUGUUUAAUUUUAGUGAUUUUGCUCAAAGUACUCACAGUAUUCUGUGAUACAUUUUGUGAUAUGCAUGGCUCUAAGAUUACCCAAAAAAGUGGAGAUUAAAUAAAGAUUAAAAUUAAGAGUUAAAGUCCUUUAAUUCCUGAAUCUCCUUUUCUCUAUGUAUGUGCACAAAUAUGCGUAAAUAGUGUAGAGUGUGUGUGUGUGUGUGUGUGUGUGUAUGUAUAUAUAUAUAUAUAUACAUAUACAUGUAUAUAUAUAUAUAUUACUUUAGAUACAUACCUGUCCAAACUUUAUAGCUAUUAUAGUUUCAAUAUCACAUAUCUAUGAACACACUCAUAUUAGGGGAAAAUGCAGAUAUGCUUCUACCUAAAUGGCCAAUUAUAAGAAUAUUCAGACCUAAUUAUUUUUCCUACAAAUGUGAGAUUAAUUUUAUUGCUGCUUAUUAACACUUUACUAAAUAAGGAGCUUGAGCAGAAUUAAUCUUGCUGAAUUUCACUUGCUGAUUCUUGAAUUGACACUGAAUUUUUGGCUACUCAUCAGGUACCUUUUUUUUCUUUGAUAACCUAUAAAUUUCUAAAUUAUUAGAAGCAUAUUUAAUUUUUUUGACUGACAUCAAAUACCAGAUGCAGAUAUAUAUUUUAAAAAUUCUGCCACUACUGCUGAUAAUGAUCAAGAACUUCAUCUCUGUUUUUUUACUUGUGAUGUUUUCACCAUCUGUAAUAAUUGAGAUUAUUUUCAAUAGUUAGAUACAGGUUUGUUUAGAUAAACUUGAACAAAAUGUUUCUGGUAUUUUUUUUACCUUUAAAUAACAACUACUACUCUUUUAAUCACUGUGAUUUUAAUCAGUAAAUUACUAGGCUUUUUUUUCCCUCCUUCCCUGAUGCUAUGUGUCUAUAGUGGAAUUUGUGUCUAUAUUAAUCUCUGACUCAAGGGAGAGGGCAAAAUGCUAAACUCAAAGGUAGAAUCUUCUAAUUAAGCUUCAAUACAUCUAUAUAAAGUAGAAUGACACUUGUAAUAUUGAAUUUAGUUAAGUCUGGCAAAAUCAUAUGAACACAGUUUGUUUUCUCUAUUAAAUUAGAUUUGGUUUUAAUAAUUAGAUAUUUUUAACCAAUUGAGAUAAAGCAGUAAAAUUUCUAUACAUCUGUUAUCUUAUUUAAAUUGGUUUUUAGAAGAUACUUACUCCUUUUGUUUAGGCCCUGUCUUUCCUGUCUUUCCAAGAUGAGGAGUCUCUGAACUAAGAUUGUAUUCCAUUUUGGACAGAGUGAAACAAAAUGUUGUGGUGUUUUUUUUUUUUUCUUUUUAGCCCAUUCAUUCUUGCAGAUUUGAUUUGGCAAACCCACAUUAGAUAAUUUAGCAAAAGAGGAAUCACAUUCUUUAUCCUAUUAUAGUAAAACCUCUCACUAAUUCAGAAUUUAUUAUACUUCAGAUGCAGUAUUUGUUAUCUUCUUUGAGUAAAAAAUUCAAAAUAAUUUCUUCCUCUGAAUUUUCAGGGUCAUACUUAUAAGGGGAAACCUGUCUAAAAUCACUAGCUUUUCAAACCAAGGGCUCAAGAAAUGAAGGAUUCCUUCAGCGUGCCUUCAGCCUCUGGGUCCAGCAAUUAAUUCUUAUGGAAGUGGAGAACGAGGAGAAAAGGAUGCAAGCAAAAUCACAACAUAUCCUCCAGGCUCCGUGCGAUUUGACUGUGAGCUCCGGGCGGUACAAGUCAGCUGUGGAUUUCAUCAUUCAGGUAGCAGCUGGAACUUUAGGUGGUUUUAAUGGAAAAUGGAGAUGUCUACACAUUUGGAUAUGGGCAGCACGGGCAGCUAGGACAUGGAGAUGUCAAUUCCAGGGGAUGUCCCACCCUUGUUCAAGCACUGCCAGGCCCUAGCACACAAGUUACUGCAGGCAGCAACCACACGGCAGUACUUUUAAUGGAUGGACAGGUCUUCACAUUUGGAAGUUUUUCUAAAGGACAACUUGGCAGACCAAUUUUGGAUGUGCCAUACUGGAAUGCAAAACCAGCUCCCAUGCCUAAUAUUGGAUCAAAAUAUGGAAGAAAAGCUACCUGGAUAGGUGCAAGUGGGGAUCAGACUUUCUUACGAAUUGAUGAAGCACUUAUUAAUUCUCAUGUACUUGCUACAUCAGAAAUUUUUGCCAGUAAACACAUAAUAGGCUUGGUACCUGCUUCUAUGUCAGAACCUCCUCCAUUUAAAUGUCUUCUGAUCAAUAAAGUGGAUGGGAGUUGUAAAACUUUUAAUGACUCUGAACAAGAGGAUCUGCAAGGAUUCGGUGUGUGUCUUGACCCUGUGUAUGAUGUCAUUUGGAGGUUUCGACCAAAUACCAGAGAGCUGUGGUGUUACAAUGCAGUGGUUGCUGAUGCCAGACUUCCCUCUGCAGCAGAUAUGCAGUCCAGAUGUAGUAUUCUAAGUCCUGAACUUGCCUUACCAACAGGAUCAAGGGCUCUCACCACCCGAUCUCAUGCAGCUUUGCACAUUCUAGGUUGCCUUGAUACCUUAGCAGCUAUGCAGGAUUUAAAAAUGGGUGUUGCAAGUACAGAGGAGGAGACUCAAGCAGUAAUGAAGGUUUAUUCCAAAGAAGAUUAUAGUGUAGUGAACAGGUUUGAAAGUCAUGGAGGGGGCUGGGGUUACUCUGCCCAUUCAGUAGAAGCUAUACGUUUUAGUGCUGACACUGAUAUUUUACUUGGUGGCCUUGGUCUGUUUGGAGGUAGAGGAGAAUAUACUGCGAAAAUUAAGCUGUUCGAGUUGGGUCCUGAUGGAGGAGAUCAUGAAACCGACGGAGACCUUCUUGCAGAGACUGAUGUGUUGGCUUAUGACUGUGCUGCCAGAGAAAAGUAUGCAAUGAUGUUUGAUGAGCCAGUUCUCUUGCAAGCUGGAUGGUGGUAUGUAGCAUGGGCUCGAGUGUCUGGACCCAGCAGUGACUGUGGAUCUCAUGGACAAGCUUCUAUUACCACAGAUGAUGGGGUUGUUUUCCAAUUUAAGAGUUCGAAGAAAUCAAAUAAUGGUACAGAUGUUAAUGCUGGUCAGAUACCUCAAUUAUUAUACAGACUUCCAACCAGUGAUGGUAGUGCCUCAAAAGGCAAACAGCAAACCAGUGAACCUGUACAUAUUUUAAAGAGAUCUUUUGCAAGAACUGUCUCAGUGGAGUGUUUUGAGUCAUUAUUGAGCAUUCUUCACUGGAGUUGGACCACCUUAGUCUUAGGAGUUGAAGAACUUAGAGGAUUAAAAGGAUUCCAGUUCACAGCGACACUUCUAGAUUUAGAGAGACUGCGCUUUGUGGGUACCUGUUGUCUGAGGUUAUUGCGUGUCUAUACAUGUGAAAUUUACCCAGUAUCAGCUACCGGAAAAGCAGUUGUGGAAGAAACUAGCAAAUUAGCAGAAUGUAUUGGAAAAACCAGAACUUUGUUAAGAAAAAUUUUAUCAGAAGGAGUUGAUCACUGCAUGGUGAAAUUGGAUAAUGAUCCUCAAGGAUAUCUCAGUCAACCUUUGAGUCUCCUAGAAGCUGUCCUUCAAGAGUGUCAUAAUACCUUUACUGCCUGUUUUCAUUCUUUCUACCCAACUCCUGCCUUACAGUGGGCUUGCCUUUGUGAUCUGCUGAAUUGUCUGGAUCAGGAUAUCCAGGAAGCAAACUUCAAGACUUCAAGUAGCCGAUUGCUUGCAGCUGUUAUGUCAGCUCUGUGCCACACUUCUGUUAAGCUGACUUCCAUCUUCCCUAUUGCAUAUGAUGGAGAAGUACUAUUACGAUCAAUUGUUAAACAAGUUAGCACAGAGAAUGACUCAACACUAGUUCACCGGUUCCCCCUUUUGGUAGCACAUAUGGAGAAGCUCAGCCAGAGUGAAGAGAAUAUCUCAGGUAUGACAAGCUUCCGUGAAGUUCUGGAGAAAAUGCUGGUCAUUGUUGUGCUCCCAGUCAGGAACAGCCUGAGGAGAGAAAAUGAGCUCUUCUCCUCUCACCUGGUUUCCAACACCUGUGGAUUGCUGGCCAGUAUUGUCAGUGAACUGACAGCAUCAGCCCUGGGAUCUGAGGUUGAUGGACUUAAUUCUCUCCACUCUGUUAAAGCCAGUGCUAACCGAUUCACAAAAACAAGUCAGGGAAGAAGUUGGAACACUGGGAAUGGGUCCCCUGAUGCAAUCUGUUUUUCAGUAGACAAACCAGGAAUAGUUGUGGUUGGUUUUUCUGUCUAUGGAGGAGGUGGAAUUCAUGAAUAUGAAUUAGAGGUGUUAGUUGAUGACAGUGAACAUGCAGGAGAUUCGACUCAUUCUCACAGAUGGACAUCUCUAGAAUUAGUCAAAGGAACGUAUACAACAGAUGACUCACCCAGUGAUAUAGCUGAAAUCAGACUUGACAAAGUUGUUCCUUUAAAGGAAAAUGUUAAAUAUGCUGUGCGCUUGAGGAACUAUGGAAGUCGUACAGCCAAUGGAGAUGGAGGAAUGACCACAGUUCAGUGCCCGGACGGCGUGACAUUCACAUUCAGCACAUGCAGCUUGAGUAGUAAUGGUACAAAUCAAACCAGAGGACAGAUUCCACAGAUCCUGUACUAUAGGAGUGAAUUUGAUGGAGAUUUACAAUCCCAGCUUCUGAGUAAAGCCAAUGAAGAAGAUAAAAACUGUAGCAGAGCUCUCUCUGUGGUAAGCACUGUUGUUCGAGCUGCAAAAGACCUCUUGCACAGAGCUCUUGCUGUGGAUGCUGAUGACAUUCCAGAACUGCUUAGUUCUUCCAGUCUGUUUUCCAUGCUGCUUCCCCUUAUUAUAGCCUACAUAGGACCAGUAGCUGCUGCUAUUCCCAAGGUGGCUGUAGAAGUCUUUGGCCUUGUCCAACAGUUACUUCCCUCAGUUGCCAUUUUGAAUCAGAAGUAUGCACCCCCUGCAUUCAAUCCUAAUCAGUCAACAGAUAGCACCACAGGAAACCAGCCUGAGCAAGGCCUCUCUGCUUGUACAACCUCUAAUCACUAUGCGGUCAUAGAGAGUGAGCACCCCUAUAAACCUGCAUGUGUGAUGCACUACAAGGUCACGUUCCCAGAAUGUGUACGGUGGAUGACAAUCGAGUUUGACCCCCAGUGUGGCACUGCGCAGUCAGAAGAUGUCCUCCGUUUAUUGAUUCCUGUCAGAACUGUUCAGAAUUCAGGAUAUGGACCAAAAUUGACAUCUGUUCAUGAAAAUCUUAACUCCUGGAUAGAAUUAAAGAAAUUUUCAGGGUCCUCUGGGUGGCCUACUAUGGUUUUAGUGUUGCCAGGAAAUGAAGCCCUUUUUUCAUUGGAGACUGCAUCAGAUUAUGUGAAAGAUGACAAAGCUUCUUUCUAUGGUUUUAAAUGUUUUGCAAUUGGAUAUGAGUUUAGCCCUGGACCUGAUGAGGGUGUCAUUCAGUUGGAAAAAGAAUUAGCCAAUCUUGGCGGAGUUUGUGCAGCCGCUUUGAUGAAAAAGGAUCUAGCACUUCCUAUUGGUAAUGAAUUAGAGGAAGAUCUUGAAAUUCUUGAAGAGGCUGCAUUGCAGGUGUGCAAAACCCAUUCUGGUAUUCUUGGAAAGGGUUUAGCUCUUUCUCAUUCACCAACUAUAUUAGAGGCACUUGAAGGAAACUUACCACUUCAAAUCCAAAGCAAUGAACAGUCCUUUCUGGAUGAUUUUAUUGCCUGUGUUCCAGGAUCAAGUGGUGGGAGGCUUGCAAGGUGGCUUCAACCAGAUUCCUAUGCUGAUCCUCAGAAAACAUCUUUGAUCCUGAACAAGGAUGAUAUUCGUUGUGGUUGGCCUACCACCAUAACUGUUCAAACAAAAGACCAAUAUGGGGAUGUAGUACAUGUUCCCAAUAUGAAGGUGGAAGUGAAAGCCGUUCCUGUUUCUCAGAAAAAAACAUCUUUACAACAAGAGCAAGUGAAGAAAACUCAAAGGCUGCCUGGCAGUCCUGCAGUAGCAGCAGCACCUUCCAACACCGAUAUGACUUUUGGCGGGCUGGCCUCACCGAAGCUGGACGUGUCGUACGAGCCAAUGAUAGUGAAGGAGGCUCGAUACAUUGCCAUAACAAUGAUGAAGGUUUAUGAAAAUUACUCAUUUGAAGAACUGCGUUUUGCAUCACCAACUCCUAAAAGACCCAGUGAGAAUAUGCUGAUCCGUGUCAAUAACGAUGGCACUUAUUGUGCAAAUUGGACUCCAGGGGCUAUUGGACUCUACACUAUUCAUGUGACCAUUGAUGGCAUUGAAAUAGAUGCUGGCCUAGAAGUUAAAGUAAAAGACCCCCCAAAAGGGAUGAUACCACCAGGAACUCAGCUGGUCAAACCAAAGACUGAACCUCAACCAAAUAAGGUUCGAAAAUUUGUGGCCAAGGACAGUGCAGGACUCCGUAUCCGUAGCCACCCUUCCCUUCAGAGUGAGCAGAUAGGCAUAGUAAAAGUCAAUGGAACUAUCACUUUCAUUGAUGAGAUCCAUAAUGAUGAUGGUGUGUGGCUGAGACUGAAUGAUGAGACAAUAAAGAAGUAUGUUCCUAACAUGAAUGGUUACACUGAAGCCUGGUGCCUGUCCUUUAAUCAACACCUUGGCAAGAGUCUUCUGGUCCCUGUUGACGAACCUAAAACUAAUACUGAUGACUUUUUCAAAGAUAUAAACUCCUGCUGCCCACAGGAAGCAACAAUGCAAGAACAAGAUAUGCCGUUCUUGCGAGGAGGGCCAGGCAUGUACAAGGUAGUGAAGACGGGACCUUCCGGUCACAACAUCAGAAGCUGUCCUAACCUUAGAGGUAUCCCAAUUGGAAUGUUAGUUCUGGGAAACAAAGUCAAAGCAGUGGGAGAGGUAACCAAUUCUGAAGGUGCGUGGGUGCAGCUGGAUAAGAACAGCAUGGUAGAGUUCUGUGAGAGUGAUGAAGGAGAGGCAUGGUCCUUAGCUAGAGACAGAGGCGGAAACCAAUACCUUCGACAUGAAGAUGAACAAGUUCUUCUGGAUCAAAAUUCUCAGACUCCUCCUCCAAGCCCUUUCUCAGUGCAAGCUUUUAAUAAAGGGGCAAGUUGCAGUGCCCAAGGAUUUGAUUAUGGACUUGGAAAUAAUAAAGUUUUGACUGUUUUGCCCACUGCAGGUGACCAACUGAGUGCCAUAUUGAAUUCCAUUCAGUCUCGGCCCAAUCUCCCAGCUCCUUCCAUCUUUGAUCAAGCUGCAAAACCUCCCUCUUCCCUAGUCCACAGCCCAUUUGUGUUCGGACAGCCCCUUUCCUUCCAGCAGCCUCAGCUUCAGAGUGACCGAGGAACUAUCUCAACAUCUUCUAGACCACUCUCUACAUCAGGAAAAUCAGAACUGUCCUCCAAACACAGCAGAUCACUUAAACCUGAUGGACGUAUGAGCCGGACUACUGCUGAUCAGAAGAAGCCAAGGAGUAUAGAAGGCUUGUCAGCUAGUGAAUCCCUUAUGUUGAAAUCUGAUGCUGCAAAGUUGAGGUCAGACUCUCAUAGCAGGUCCUUGUCCCCCAACCAUAAUACCUUGCAGACACUAAAAUCUGAUGGGAGGGUGUCUUCUAGCUUUAGAGCUGAAUCUCCAGGACCAGGUUCUCGGUCAUCAUCUCCUAAGCCAAAGACUCUCCCAGCCAAUAGGUCUAGCCCAUCUGGUGCUAGUUCUCCGCGCUCCUCCUCACCACAUGAUAAAAAUCUACCUCAAAAAAGCACUGCUCCUGUUAAGACUAAACUUGAUCCUCCUCGGGAACGUUCCAAAUCAGACUCUUACACGCUUGACCCAGAUACCCUACGCAAGAAGAAAAUGCCCCUCACAGAACCAUUAAGGGGACGAUCAACAUCACCAAAACCAAAACCAGUACCAAAGGAUUCUAAAGAUUCCCCAGGAACCGAAAAUAGAGCUCCUUCUCCUCACGUGGUACAAGAAAACCUUCACAGUGAGGUGGUCGAAGUCUGCACUUCAAGUACUUUAAAAACAAAUAGUCUAACGGAUAGCACCUGUGAUGAAGGUAGUGAAUUUAAGAGUGUUGAUGAAGGUUCAAAUAAAGUUCAUUUCAGCAUAGGAAAAGCACCACUGAAAGAUGAACAGGAAAUGAGAGCAUCCCCCAAAAUAAGUCGAAAGUGUGCUAACAGACACACCAGGCCCAAAAAGGAAAAGUCCAGCUUUCUCUUCAAAGGGGAUGGAGCCAAACCUUUAGAGCCGGCCAAGCAAGCCAUGUCCCCUUCCGUGGCCGAGUGUGCCAGAGCAGUCUUUGCCUCUUUCCUGUGGCAUGAAGGCAUAGUACACGAUGCAAUGGCUUGUUCUUCUUUCUUAAAAUUUAAUCCUGAACUUUCCAAAGAACAUGCUCCUAUAAGAAAUAGUUUAAACAGCCAACAGCCUACAGAAGAAAAGGAAACCAAAUUAAAAAAUAGACAUUCGUUGGAAAUAUCAUCUGCACUGAAUAUGUUUAAUAUUGCACCUCAUGGACCAGAUAUAUCUAAAAUGGGUAGUAUCAACAAAAAUAAGGUGUUGUCUAUGCUUAAAGAACCACCUCUGCAUGAAAAAUGUGAGGAUGGGAAAACCGAAGCCACUUUCGAAAUGUCCAUGCAUCACCCAAUGAAGUCCAAAUCUCCUCUUCCUUUGACUUUACAACAUUUAGUGGCUUUUUGGGAAGACAUCUCUUUGGCUACUAUCAAAGCAGCUUCCCAGAAUAUGAUUUUUCCAAGUCCUGGUUCUUGUGCAGUCCUUAAAAAGAAAGAGUGUGAAAAAGAGAAUAAGAAGGCCAAAAAAGACAAAAAGAAAAAGGAAAAGACAGAAGUUCGGCCCAGGGGUAAUUUGUUUGGUGAGAUGGCCCAGCUGGCAGUCGGAGGACCAGAGAAAGACACCAUCUGUGAGCUGUGUGGAGAAUCCCAUCCAUACCCCGUUACCUAUCACAUGCGACAGGCUCACCCAGGUUGUGGCCGGUAUGCUGGUGGACAAGGUUACAAUAGCAUUGGGCAUUUUUGUGGAGGAUGGGCCGGUAACUGUGGUGAUGGUGGCAUAGGAGGAAGCACUUGGUAUCUAGUCUGUGAUCGCUGUAGAGAAAAAUACCUCCGUGAAAAACAGGCUGCUGCAAGGGAGAAGGUCAAACAGUCCAGGAGGAAGCCAAUGCAAGUCAAGACUCCUCGUGCCUUGCCCACCAUGGAAGCUCACCAAGUGAUUAAAGCAAACGCGCUGUUCCUGCUGUCCCUGAGCAGCGCCGCAGAGCCAAGCAUUCUGUGUUACCAUCCUGCAAAGCCAUUUCAGUCUCAGCUUCCCAGCGUGAAGGAGGGCAUUUCUGAAGAUCUUCCUGUUAAAAUGCCUUGUCUCUACUUACAGACAUUAGCUAGGCAUCAUCACGAAAACUUUGUGGGCUAUCAAGAUGACAACCUGUUCCAGGAUGAAAUGAGAUAUCUACGUUCAACAUCUGUACCUGCCCCAUACAUAUCCGUAACACCUGAUGCAAGUCCUAAUGUGUUUGAAGAGCCAGAGAGCAAUAUGAAAUCUAUGCCACCAAGUUUGGAAACUAGUCCCAUAACUGAUACUGAUCUUGCAAAGAGAACUGUCUUCCAAAGAUCAUACUCAGUUGUUGCUUCUGAAUAUGAUAAACAACACUCCAUUUUACCUGCACGAGUUAAAGCCAUUCCUAGAAGAAGAGUUAACAGUGGAGACACUGAAGUUGGUUCUUCCCUCUUGAGACAUCCAUCUCCUGAGCUUUCCCGGCUAAUCUCAGCCCACAGCUCUCUUUCCAAAGGAGAACGAAAUUUCCAGUGGCCAGUUUUGGCUUUUGUUAUACAACAUCAUGAUCUAGAAGGUCUUGAAAUAGCAAUGAAACAGGCCCUAAGGAAAUCUGCUUGCCGAGUUUUUGCUAUGGAGGCUUUCAACUGGCUUCUGUGUAAUGUCAUCCAGACGACUUCUCUACAUGAUAUUCUGUGGCAUUUUGUGGCAUCAUUGACUCCUGCUCCAGUGGAACCAGAGGAAGAAGAGGAUGAGGAAAAUAAAACAAACAAAGAAAAUGCAGAACAAGAGAAAGACACGAGAGUAUGCGAACAUCCACUCUCAGAUAUAGUGAUUGCGGGUGAAGCUGCUCAUCCUUUACCACACACAUUUCACCGCUUACUUCAAACUAUCUCCGAUCUUAUGAUGUCUCUCCCCAGUGGCAGUUCAUUACAGCAAAUGGCCCUAAGGUGCUGGAGUCUGAAAUUCAAGCAAUCUGAUCACCAGUUCCUCCAUCAGAGUAAUGUCUUUCAUCACAUUAACAAUAUUCUGUCAAAAUCAGAUGAUGGAGACAGUGAAGAAAGUUUUAGCAUCAGUAUCCAGUCUGGCUUUGAAGCGAUGAGUCAGGAAUUGUGCAUAGUAAUGUGCUUAAAGGACUUAACCAGCAUUGUUGACAUAAAAACUUCAAGCCGACCUGCCAUGAUUGGCAGUUUGACAGAUGGUUCUACGGAAACCUUUUGGGAAUCAGGAGAUGAGGAUAAAAACAAAACUAAGAACAUCACCAUCAACUGUGUAAAAGGAAUCAAUGCCCGCUAUGUAUCUGUCCAUGUGGAUAAUUCCCGAGAUCUAGGGAAUAAAGUUACCUCAAUGACCUUCUUAACUGGCAAAGCAGUAGAAGAUUUGUGCAGAAUAAAACAGGUUGAUCUGGAUUCUAGGCACAUUGGUUGGGUAACAAGCGAACUUCCAGGAGGGGAUAAUCACAUCAUCAAGAUUGAAUUAAAGGGCCCAGAAAAUACACUGAGAGUUCGACAAGUAAAAGUCCUGGGCUGGAAGGAUGGCGAAAACACAAAAAUUGCUGGCCAGAUUUCAGCCAGCGUGGCCCAGCAAAGGAACUGUGAAGCCGAGACUCUGCGAGUGUUCAGACUUAUUACGUCUCAGGUAUUUGGAAAGCUCAUCUCUGGAGAUGCUGAGCCUACACCAGAGCAAGAGGAAAAAGCACUAUUGUCAUCACCUGAAGGAGAGGAAAAAGUAUACAAUGCAACAUCAGACGCUGACCUGAAAGAACAUAUGGUCGGAAUCAUAUUCAGCAGGAGUAAGCUGACGAAUUUACAAAAACAGGUGUGUGCUCACAUCGUCCAGGCUAUUCGCAUGGAAGCCACCAGAGUUCGUGAAGAGUGGGAACAUGCCAUUUCAAGCAAAGAAAAUGCCAAUUCUCAGCCCAAUGAUGAAGAUGCCUCCUCCGAUGCUUACUGCUUUGAGCUGCUCUCUAUGGUCUUAGCGCUGAGUGGCUCUAACGUGGGCCGGCAGUAUCUGGCUCAGCAGCUAACUCUGCUCCAGGAUCUCUUUUCACUGCUCCACACAGCAUCUCCUCGAGUCCAGAGACAGGUAACCUCCUUACUAAGACGGGUGUUGCCUGAAGUGACUCCUAAUCGUCUGGCCAGCAUCAUAGGAGUGAAAUCCCUCCCUCCAGCAGAUAUCAGUGAUAUCAUUCACUCAACAGAGAAAGGAGAUUGGAAUAAACUAGGUAUCUUGGACAUGUUUCUAGGAUGUAUUGCCAAAGCACUCACAGUUCAGCUAAAAGCCAAAGGAACUACCAUCACAGGAACAGCUGGUACCACUGUGGGCAAAGGUGUUACAACAGUUACUCUUCCAAUGAUUUUCAAUUCCAGUUAUGUUCGAAGAGGUGAAAGCCAUUGGUGGAUGAAGGGCUCAACUCCUACCCAGAUCUCAGAGAUCAUCAUUAAACUUAUUAAGGAUAUGGCAGCAGGUCAUCUGUCUGAAGCAUGGUCCCGAGUGACAAAAAAUGCCAUCGCAGAAACCAUCAUUGCCUUGACCAAGAUGGAGGAAGAAUUUAGAUCUCCAGUGAGAUGUAUUGCAACAACUAGGCUCUGGCUUGCUCUAGCAUCACUGUGUGUGCUGGAUCAGGACCAUGUAGAUCGUCUCUCCUCGGGGAGAUGGAUGGGAAAGGAUGGACAGCAGAAACAAAUGCCUAUGUGUGACAACCACGAUGAUGGAGAAACCGCAGCCAUCAUUCUAUGCAACGUGUGUGGAAAUCUGUGCACCGACUGUGACAGGUUCCUUCAUCUUCAUCGGCGAACCAAAACUCAUCAAAGACAGGUCUUCAAAGAGGAAGAAGAAGCUAUAAAGGUUGACCUUCAUGAAGGCUGUGGUAGAACCAAAUUGUUCUGGUUGAUGGCUCUAGCAGAUUCAAAAACAAUGAAGGCAAUGGUGGAGUUCCGAGAACACACAGGCAAACCCACCACAAGUAGCUCAGAAGCAUGCCGCUUUUGUGGUUCCAGGAGUGGAACAGAGUUAUCUGCUGUUGGCAGUGUUUGUUCUGAUGCCGAUUGCCAGGAAUAUGCUAAGAUAGCCUGUAGUAAGACGCAUCCUUGUGGCCAUCCAUGUGGAGGUGUUAAAAAUGAAGAGCACUGUCUGCCCUGUCUCCACGGCUGUGAUAAAAGUGCCACAACGCUGAAGCAAGAUGCCGAUGACAUGUGCAUGAUCUGUUUCACCGAAGCGCUCUCAGCAGCACCAGCCAUUCAGCUGGACUGUAGUCACGUAUUCCACUUACAGUGCUGCCGACGAGUUUUGGAAAAUAGAUGGCUUGGUCCAAGGAUAACAUUUGGCUUUAUAUCUUGUCCCAUUUGCAAGAACAAAAUAAAUCAUAUAGUAUUAAAAGACCUGCUUGAUCCAAUAAAAGAUCUCUAUGAAGAUGUCAGAAGAAAAGCCUUAAUGAGAUUGGAAUACGAAGGUCUGCAUAAGAGUGAAGCUAUCACAACGCCUGGUGUGAGAUUUUAUAACGACCCCGCUGGCUAUGCCAUGAACAGAUAUGCAUAUUAUGUCUGCUACAAAUGCAGAAAGGCAUAUUUUGGUGGCGAAGCUCGGUGCGAUGCUGAGGCUGGACAAGGGGAUGAUUAUGAUCCCAGAGAGCUCAUUUGUGGUGCCUGUUCUGAUGUGUCCAGGGCUCAGAUGUGUCCAAAACAUGGCACAGACUUUUUGGAGUAUAAAUGUCGCUACUGCUGUUCAGUGGCAGUCUUUUUCUGUUUUGGAACAACACAUUUUUGUAAUGCUUGUCAUGAUGAUUUUCAAAGAAUGACUAGCAUUCCUAAGGAAGAACUACCACACUGUCCUGCAGGUCCCAAAGGCAAACAAUUAGAAGGAACUGAAUGUCCACUCCAUGUUGUUCAUCCACCCACUGGGGAAGAAUUUGCUCUGGGCUGUGGAGUGUGCAGAAAUGCUCACACUUUUUAGAACACUCAGAUUCCUUUGUCUACAGAGAAGAAGUUGCCUUCAUCCCCCAAGUGGAUGUGGUAAAGUUUAAACUCUGCUCAGGAUAAGGACGGGACCAUUUUUACAUCCAUGAAAAUGAACCAUUCACAGUGCAAGAAGGAUGCCAAAUACCAUGUACAUAAUUCUUGCUAUGGAAAGUUUCCCCAUUAUUUCAGUUUAUUUUCUUUUGAACCAAGACAUCAAACUUGUGAGGUGUUUGCAUGUGGCCAUUACCGUCAUUGGCCUGUGAAGCAUUGAACAUUUAUAGAUAAUUGAUAUAAAAGAAUCGCCAUGCCCAUGGACUAAGAAUGAUGCUGGCUUUCAAGCAAAAAAGAAAAAUAAUCAUUGUUUAUUGUAUACUGCCUUUUUUGUAAUCCUGUAUAAUUGCAUCACGGGUGGGGAUGAAAAGAAGAAUAUUCUGGUUUAUUUCCUAGACUGUUAUUUAAAAAAAAAAAUUGUGUUAGGACUGGCAUAUAAAUGUAAUAAGUAUCACACUGUAUAUAAAGAUAUCAAUGUUUGUUCUGUAUAAGAAUUACUAAAUUACAAAUGCAGUUUCAUUUAAACUUCUAGGUUAAGUUGAGCCUGAAAUUUUAAUGAAGUGCAAUACUGAGUGUGCCUCAUUAUCUUGCAGCUGUAAACAUAUUGGAAUGUACAUGUCAAUAAACCACUGUACAUUUUUAUACAGUGAUAAAGUCUAACAA